UGGCUAUUUAAUGAGUAGAGGCACUUCUGAGUGACAAGCGGCAGAGGGGAGCUUACCCAGUUCAUAAUACACCGAAACUGCACUCUGAACGACACUACCUAAAGUGUUGCUGAGGGGGGAAAAAAAAGUUUACAUUCACUUAAAAUUUUGGCUGCUACUGUAGGAUUUAUUUUUAUUUUUAUUUGAAGACCGUAAAAGGAGAAACGAGGAGAUAAAAAAUGUCGACUCUUCAAAACAUUCAGCUGAAAAUUGACCCUAAGGAUCUUCAGAUCAGGACAAUAACUGUGGAAAGGUUACUUGAGCCAUUGAUAAUACAGGUCACCACACUAGUGAAUUGCCCAAAAUAUCCUUCUAACAAUAAAAAGGGCUGUUCUAAAAGGGGCCGUGUGCUCUUGAAAUCGGUGGAAGAUGCUACUCUCAGUUUAAUCGAGAAAGGUGAAAAGAUUGCAAGGGAAACUGCAGUACUAAAGGAGGAGCUGACUGCAGCUGUGGAGGAGGUUCGAAGAGAAAGUAUUUCCCUGACUCGGACAGCGAGAGAGUUUACAGAGGAUCCCUGUCACCUGUCCAAACGCGAGGCUGUGGUUCAAGCGGCCCGCGCUCUUCUUGCAGCAGUUACCAGACUCCUCAUUCUUGCAGAUAUAAUAGAUGUGAUUUUUCUCUUGCAAUAUCUAACCACUGUGCAGAAAACAUUUGACUUCUUGAGAGCCACAUCCAACAAAGCAGAACUAAAAAAGGCUAAUCAGAAAUUUGGAAAGGAGCUGGAGGUGCUUGAUAAACUGGCUUAUAAACGACAGCAGGAUCUGAAAUCCCCUGAUCAACGUGAUGAGAUAGCAGGUGCACGGGCCUCACUGAAACAAAACUCAGCCUUGUUUUACUCAACCUCUUCAGCUUGCCUUGAGCAUCCCGAUGUUGCUUCUUUGAAAUCCAGCAAGGACUCUGUCAGUAACGAAAUACAGAACGCUCUCACUGCUAUUUCCAAUGCAGCUCAGGGUAUUGGAAGAGCCAAGGUUCAGCCAACAUCAGCUUCUGGAACUCUUGGGGGAGCACUUGAUGAUCUUGAGAGUGUGAUUAUCAUCGAUCCCUUGACUGUGAGGGAGGAGAGCAUCAGGCCAGCGCUGGAGAAACGUUUAGAAGCCAUUAUCAGUGGGGCUGCUCUGCUGGCCGACUCCUCCUGCACACGGGAUCUCCACCGGGAGCGCAUCAUUACAGAGUGCAAUGUGGUGCGUCAGGCUCUUCAGGAACUGCUCUCUGAGUACAUCAAUAAUGCAGGUCUGAAGGAACGAAGCAACCCUUUGAAUAAUGCCAUCGAUAAUAUGUGCAAAAAGACAAGAGACCUUCGCAGACAACUGAGGAAGGCUAUCAUAGAUCAUGUCUCUGAUUCCUUCCUGGACACAACCGUCCCCCUUCUGGUCCUCAUUGAAGCGGCUAAAAAUGGAAAAGAAAGAGAGAUCAAAGAAUAUGCUGCUAUAUUUAGAGAGCAUGCCAACAAGCUUGUGGAGGUUGCUAAUCUUGCCAGCUCAGUUUCAACCAAUGAAGAUGGUGUCAAGAUUAUUCAAAUGGCAGCACACCGCAUCGAGACCUUAUGCCCUCAGGUAAUCAAUGCUGCCCUGGCCCUUGCAGCAAGGCCUAAAAGCCAGACUGUAAUGAACAACAUGGAAGUCUAUAAAAAGGCCUGGGAAAACUAUGUGCGGAUACUGACCGAGGCUGUGGAUGACAUCACUAGCAUUGAUGACUUUCUCGCAGUGUCGGAGAGCCACAUACUGGAAGAUGUUAAUAAAUGCAUCAUCGCUCUUCGAGAGCAUGAUCUUGACAGCCUUGACCGAGCAGCGGGGGCAAUCCGGGGACGAGCUGCCAGGGUUGCCCAUGUGGUAACCGGGGAGAUGGAUAACUACGAAUCAGGCAUCUAUACACAAGGAGUCAUGAAAAAUGUCAACUUCCUCACUGAGAAUGGUAUUCCAGAGUUUGUUGUUCAAGUCAGCAAGGCUUUGGAAGCUCUUAGCUCAGAUACAAUGCACCAGUUUGAUGAUAAUCUGUUUGUUGAUGUCUCUAAGAAGGUUUAUGAUUCAAUUCAUGACAUCAGGUGCUCUGUUUUGAUGAUCCGGACUCCAGAGGAACUUGAAGAUGUAUCUGAUUUAGAAGAGGAUUAUGAAAGUCGCAGCCGCACCAGUGUUCAAACGGAGGGGAAGACAGACAGGGCAAAGAUGACACAAUUGCCAGAGUCUGAAAAAGCAAAGAUAGCGGAGCAAGUAGCCGAUUUUAAAAAGGUGAAGAGUAAGCUGGAUGCAGAGAUUGAAAUCUGGGAUGACACAAGCAAUGAUAUCAUUGUUCUUGCUAAGAAAAUGUGCAUGAUUAUGAUGGAGAUGACAGAUUUCACCAGAGGGAAAGGGCCACUGAAGCUCAUCUCCGAUGUCAUUGGUGCUGCAAUGAUGAUUUCAGAUGCCGGUUGCAGAAUGGAUGUUCUGGCUCGACAAAUUGCUAACCAGUGCCCAGAUCCAUCCUGUAAACAGGAUUUGCUGUCUUAUCUGGAGCAGAUCCAGCUUUACUCCCAUCAGCUGAAAAUCUGCAGUCAGGUGAAAUCUGAAAUUCAGAACUUGGGUGGAGAGCUCAUCACAUCUGCACUGGAUAGUGUUACAUCCCUUAUCCAAGCAGCCAAAAACCUGAUGAAUGCUGUUGUGCAGACAGUAAAGAUGUCCUACAUUGCAUCAACUAAAAUCAUCCGAAUCCACAGCCCCACUGGACCUCGUCACCCUGUUGUCAUGUGGAGGAUGAAGGCACCCGAAAAGAAGCCACUAAUUAAAAAGGAGAAGCCAGAAGAAGUUUAUGCAGCUGUCAGGAAAGGUUCUGCCAAAAAGAAAAUUCACCCUGUUAAAGUUAUGAGUGAGUUUAGAGGAAGACACGUCCAGUAAACCUGAAUUGUACUUUUGUAAAAAUGUGUCCAAUUCUGUAUCUAGUUUGGGCGUGUUUUGUGAAGGAGGUGCUAUUUAACGUAUCAAAGUAGAUUUUCUUUAACCUUUUCAGUGUCACCCACAGUACAUUUAUGCUUCAGUGUCUUAGAGUUAUGCACAUGGUUAAUUGUGGCGUAUAAUUCAGCUGCAUUACUUAAUUGUUGUCUUUCACUUGUUUUGCUAAGCCUUUCUUUUGCUUCUGUGUGCAUUUUCUAUAUCAACAUUGAGGGCACUCUAAACUAAAGGUAAUUAAAUGGAAAAUACAAGUGUUAAAAAUAGAGGGAUGAUAACAGCUUAUUAGAUCAUUUCAGUGUGUCUCUGUCUGUAAUGGACUCUUAUUGCUGGUCAUUCUUAAAUUUGUAGUGUUUAUUUUCAAAACCUGUUACCCACAUGGAAGCAAGGCACACAAUUUCAUGUUGAAGAAAAUGAAAAAGAAGACAUACAUGUUGCAUUUAGCACACACAAGACAAUCUUAUGAAGAAUGUAAUGCUUCAUAUAUUUAUUUUGAAAUUAAGUGCAAUUCAAUAUGUAACUGCUUUUAGUUAAGAAAAAAUAUAUAUUUGAAAAUGAGAUUUAAGAAAAAAUAAAUUAAAUAAACGCUUUAGCCAGGGGGCUGACAUGCCUUCACAAUAUUGUGUAAUGAUGUUAGCACGUCAGAGAUUCUCAUU